AUGAACGGUCAUUGGAUUCUCCCACCUGCAAGAUCCGAGAAUCAGGUCAAUCUUCAAGCUUAUCUCACUACUACUGUUUUAACAGAUGAUGAAGACUACUAUGAGUGGGAAACUGAUGAAAAAGUAAGUUCCAAGUAUAGAACAGGGCAAGUUUAUGCUAAGUUAAGACCAGAAUCAGAUGAAGUACCUUGGGGAAAAAUAGUCUGGAAUGUUGGUGUAAUUGAUAGUUACGCUGCAUUCCUCUGA